AUGACUCGGUCCUUCUUGCGGCGUGGGAGGAAGAAGACAGUUACUUUAGAGAAGCAAGGCGAGGAGAGAGCCUCAUUGACCACCGCCUACGAUGCCACGGACCCCCUGGUCGAUAUCGUCGCCGUACACGGACUGAACGGUGAUGCGCGCAAAACGUUCACCGACCAGAACUCAGGAACGUUUUGGCUAGGAGACGAAGAGAUGCUUCCCCGCGACCUGAGGGGACGGUGUCGCGUGCUUACGUAUGGCUACCCUUCGUCUGUUGCCUCUAUCCUGGGCAAGACGUCGUCGGACCGGAUAUUGCAGCAUGCGACGACUCUCGUCGCCGAGCUAGUGGCGGACCGAGAGUUGGAGGACGCGCAGGAGAGGCCGAUCAUAUUCUUGUGUCACUCGCUGGGCGGCAUCAUAGUCAAGAGGGCACUUGUCUAUUCGGCGCAUCGAACAGGUAGGAUGGUGGAGCAUUUACACUCGAUAUACACCUCGACAUACGGCAUCAUGUUCUUCGGCACGCCGCACCAAGGCAGCGCCUCGGCGAGCCUGGGCAUGGCCGCCCAGCGCAUGAUCGAGGCGCUCGUGCCCUCCAAGCUCAUCGACACGAACGGGCAGCUGCUGUCGGCCUUGCGGGAGGGCUCGGAAGUGCUUCAGGACAUCACUGACAACUUCACGCCGCUGAUACAGCGCUUCCGGGUCUACUUUUUCUGGGAGCAGGAGAAGACGGAUUUCGGAGUCAAGUAUGAUUAUGUUGUGACCGAGAGCUCUGCCGCGCCCAUACUGGACAACACCGACCGGGCUGGGCUGCGGAUCGACCACCGCAACAUGCUCAAAUUCGCGUCGCGGAACUCGCCAGGCUACAAGCUCAUCGUGGCCAACAUUCUUCGCUACUCGCGGGAAGCACCAGCAACGAUUUCGCGUAGGUGGAUAAGCGAAAAGGAGCUGAUGAACUCGAUACGCAGAAAUGAGUCUAUGGAAGCACAUCCUAUUAUCAUGCAGGGCGAGGACAUUGGUAUGAAGGAGAAAAGCUAG